AUCUAGCAAUUCGGUUUUUGAAAACAUGAUUUUAUACUUCGAUUUAAUAAUGAUUUUGUCUAUUGAUGACAUAGCACAGAAAUUCAACCUCAGUUUUGCAUGUUUUCCACGGUUUUGAUCAUAGAUUGAAGAAAUACCAAACCCCUCCUAACAAUCGAUGUUUGUUGAUGAACUAAAUUAUUAUUAGUCUAUGAGAGUGACUUGCAGAAAUAGUAGAUUCACGUAAAUCAAUUUUUUUCCAGAUAUUUAUUUUUAAGUUUUAUGGUGUCUCAUCAGGCAAUUGCUAACAGUAAUGAUAAAAAUGAAAGGCAACGAAGUUCUAGGAAGAGAAUGAAUCAAUAUGAAUCGAAAUUCGAGUAUGAAACAGCCUUGGUCAUCUAAGGAAUGAAGCCAUCGAUUCAACAUGUCUCAUGAGUCACGAUGUUCUGAGAAAAAAAAUCGAAGUUUCUAAUGACGAAGAGUCCUUUCACAUUGAAGAAUACUCGUAGAGCCAUCGGAAUUCGAUAUUUGACUGAGAUAUCCAUAAGAAAUAUGCCCCCAUAUGAUUGUUUUUCGAAUUUUAAAAGAUGCAAAUAGGAAAUACUUGGACUGAGGGCGUACAAGGUCAAACUUCAUUCAUGGCGUGGUUUCUUUCCAUAAUUAGGACAUUGCAGAUUUACAAACAGAUAACAAGGAUGAUUACAGAUUUAUGAUGUCUCAUGAGUCCUUUACUAGCAGUUGUGAUGAAAAUAAAAGGCAUGGAAAUUCUGAGAAGAUAAUAGAUUCAUCAUUUUCCCAGAAGUGAAAAAAUACGAAAAGCUCUUUCACAUUGAGGAAAUGAACCGUCGGACAUUCAUCAUCCUUUGAUUUGCAUCUUCGGGGUCCAUCUUUUGUGAUGGAGCCUCCGCCGCAAUUGGAAUUUUCGAACUCCAGUGGCGGCUGGUUGGAUUGUUCUGCCUCGGGCAGUCCUCAACCCUCAAUCGACUGGCUGUCGGUCGACGGCACGUCAGUAGGGGAUGUUUCCGGAAUCAGAAGGGUAUUAAGGAACGGAACUCUGUUCCUGCAGCCUUUCUCCGCAGCUUCCUAUAGGCAAGAUAUCCACAGCACCGUGUACAGGUGUGUCGCUUCCAAUACAGUGGGUCGGAUCAUAAGCAGGGACGUUCAGGUUAGAGCAGUCGUGACGCAAGCAUACAAAGUAGACGUGGAAGUCAGAGGAGCAGCGAGAGGUUGCACGGCCGUUCUCAAAUGCGUAAUUCCAGCAUUUGUUAAGGAUUUAGUACGCAUCAUUUCCUGGGUACAGGAACCUUCACUCUUCAUAUAUCCAUCGUUACAAGGGGAUGGAAAAUUUCAUCAGUUACCUUCAGGCGAACUACUGGUUCAUAACCUAGAAUUCAGCGAUCAAUUUCCAACCUACAGGUGCAGAACAAUGCACAAACUGAGCCGUCAAGUGAUCGUUAGUGCACAUGCAAACAUAAGAAUAACUGAACAUCGAGGGAUUGUUCCUCCGGUCAUAGCUGAAAAUUCUGAUUCGAUUACCGUUUCGCAAGACGAAGGAGCAGCUUUAAUUUGUAUUGCUCAAGGAUGCCCAUCCCCAGAAUAUCGCUGGUACUCCCAUUCUGGUACAGAAACUAGUCUUGUAACUCCAGGUCCAAGAAUGCGCCAAUUGGGUCCUGUCUUAGCCAUUGAAGCAGUUACUUUGGACGAUGCUGGUGUUUACCGAUGUUCGGCUGCCAAUGCAGGAGGAGAAGCAAGUGCAGAACUGAGGCUCAUAGUAUCCACCCCACUUCAUGUAGAAAUAACACCUCCACUUCUUAGCGUUCACAUGGGAGGCAGUGCAGAGUUCCGAUGUGUGAUAUCAACCCAAAGUGGAGGACCACAUCUAGUAACUUGGUAUAAAGAUGGGAGACAACUUCCCAGUACCGGAAGAGGUUCCAGUGAAACGCUGAUGAUAAACAACGUGGGUAGGGAAGAUCGAGGGAUGUACCAAUGCGUUAUCAGACGAGCUGAAGGAGAUACAGCUCAAGCGGCGGCCGAAUUACAACUGGGAGAUGCUCCACCGAUGCUGAUCUACUCAUUCAUUGAGCAAACACUCCAGCCUGGUCCUGCAGUUUCCCUCAAAUGUAGCGCAUCCGGUAAUCCGACGCCUGAAAUUUCGUGGAGUUUGGACGGCUUUCAACUACCAAGCCACGGAAGAUUUGUUAUUGGACAAUAUGUGACCGUUCAUGGUGAUGUCAUCAGUCACGUUAAUAUAAGUCACGUGAUGGUGGAAGAUGGUGGCGAGUAUACAUGCACAGCGAAGAAUAGGGCUGGCACUAGUUCUCACUCAGCUAGACUAAAUGUUUAUGGAAUGCCUUACAUUCGACUCAUCCCAAAAGUUACUGCCGUGUCAGGAGAGGUACUUCAACUGAAAUGUCCAGUGGCUGGUUAUCCUAUAGAGGAAAUUCACUGGGAAAGAGCAGGAAGAGAAUUACCAGAUGACUUAAGGCAGAAAGUUAUGCCGGAUGGAACACUAGUAAUAAAUCCAGUUGAGAAGAAGGCAGACAGCGGCGUCUACACAUGUUGGGCCAGAAACAAGCAAGGACACAGUGCACGACGCAGCGGUGAAGUAGCUGUUAUUGUACCCCCUAAGGUUAGCCCAUUCUACACAGAAGAGACACUUCACGUAGGCGAUAGAGCAAGUCUCACUUGCUCGGUAACGAAAGGGGACCUCCCUUUGACCAUAUCGUGGCACAAAGACGGCAACAUGGUACAGCCCAGUCACUCAAUGUCAGUAACACAAGUGGAUCAAUUUACUAGCAUUUUAGUUAUCGAGAGCCUGACACCGGAUCACAAUGGGAAUUACACGUGCAUAGUAAGGAACGCAGCCGCAGAGGUAUCUCAUAUGCAACAAUUAUUAGUUAACGUUCCUCCUAUUAUUGAGCCUUUUUCCUUCCAAGAUGGGCUGUCUGAAGGCAUGCGCACCCGAACUGUCUGUGGCGUGAGUUCUGGCGACCCGCCACUGGUGGUGUCCUGGCUCAAGGACGGCCAGCCACUGACUCCGUCGUUGGGCGUAAACGUUUCAGCCCUUGAUCCCUAUUCUAGUCUCCUCAGCAUUUCUAGUCUCGGUUCCCGCCAUUCGGGGGACUUUACUUGCGUGGCCAGCAACCCUGCCGCCGAGGUCAGGUACACCGCGAAGCUGCAGGUCAAAGUGCCCCCAAGGUGGUUGGUCGAACCUGUUGAUGUCAGUGUGGAAAGGAAGCGCAAUGUUGCCUUACACUGUCAAGCUCAAGGGGUACCAACUCCAACAGUUACAUGGAAAAAAGCAGCUAGCAAAUCAGGCAAUUAUGAAGAAGUUCGGGACCACACAUUCACAAAGUUGUUGGGAAACGGUACUCUGCUGCUGCAACAUGUUAAGGAAGAUAGGGAAGGAUACUACCUAUGCCAAGCAGAAAAUGGCAUAGGGUCGGGUAUCGGAAAAGUGAUCCAGUUGAGGGUAAAUUCUUCACCUUAUUUUGCCGUCCCUUCAAGACAAGUUACUGUCAAGAAAGGAGACAAAGCCGUUUUACAUUGUGACGUGAAUGGUGAUAAGCCGAUCAGUGUGGCUUGGUUACGAGGAGGUACAAAGGAAUUGAAUCCUGUUACUAACUACAGGUUGAAUAUAAAACAAGAUGUAACUCCUGAUGGCGUAUCGGCAGAAUUGCAAAUUCUCAAUUCAGAUGCGACAGACAAUGGUGCUUACUUUUGUCAAGCCACUAAUAUGUUCGGGAAAGAUCAACAGCUUGUUCAGCUUCUAGUUCAAGAACCGCCAAUGAGUCCACAGAACGUUGAGGCUACCAUGAUAGGAAGCAGAUCUGUGAACUUGAAGUGGCAGCAUAGAUCGGGGGAUUCGACUGAGGUUUUCAAGUUUAUAAUUGAAUACAGGCAACAAGACAAGACGUGGCAAUACAUUGAAGUCACAGAUGUUCCUUUAUCUUAUGCUUUCCUAAUUGAAGACUUAAAACCUGCCACAAAAUAUAUAUUUCGCGUUAUCGCCGAAGGACCUGCUGGGAGGAGUAAUCCUAGCGCCGAGCUUUCUGUGAAAACUGAACCACAAAGGCCUGGAGGUCCACCACUGAAUGUUGCGGUUAGACCAGUAUCAUCCACCGAAAUGCUGAUAACUUGGUCUCCUCCAGUCCCAGAGCUACGUCAUGGAGAUAUUCAAGGUUUCAAUAUUGGCUAUCGUACAUCAAGUAUGGGAUCGUACAACUUCACAUCGGUACCAGGAGAUGGAGAAGAUGGUGGAGAACUUCUUUUAUCUAAUCUAGAAAAAUUCACACGAUACACAAUAGUUGUACAAGCUUUCAACGAAGUUGGCAUGGGACCUACAUCUGAGGCUAUCACGGAACAAACAAUGGAAGAUGUUCCAAGCAUGCCUCCCGAUGAUGUCAGAUGUGCUGCUCUAACAUCCCAGUCGGUACAGGUCAGCUGGCAACCACCGCCCACUAUACAUUGUAAUGGUCUCUUGCAGGGUUACAAAUUGAUUUACGAACCAGUUUUAGAUGAUAACUUGAGAGGCAAUGAUGAGAUGGAAACCAGAAAAACUACUGCCUUAACAACCGUCAUCACAGGAUUAAGUAAAUUCACCAACUAUAGUCUACAAGUAUUAGCUUACACCAAAGUCGGAGAUGGUGUUCUCACUGCCCCAACCUACUGCCAGACCGGUGAAGAUGUUCCUGGUCCACCUUUCGAUAUCAAAGUAGUUGUAAGUAGUCCGCAGUCACUAAGAGUAUCGUGGCUACCACCUAUCGAGCCCAAUGGAAUGCUCACCAAGUACAACCUUUACAAAAGAAGUAUGGACGGAGGUAAUGAAAUCGACCACAACAAACAGACUAUAUCAACUCAACAGACUGAUUACGAGGUGAAGAAUAUCCAGCCGCUUAUUGAGUACCAAUUUUGGGUAACAGCCUCGACCAGAAUAGGGGAGGGACCAAAUUCGAAAACAGUCAGUCAAGUUAUCACCUCGAGAGUUCCAGCAAGAAUUGUUUCUUUCGGCGGUUUAGUUGUGAAACCGUGGAGGAGUUCGGUAACGAUACCGUGUGAAUCUGUGGGUUCGCCUAGACGAGAAUGGAUUCACGGAGAGCAAGUUUUAAAAGGAGGAGCAAACCAUAAUCAACAACUACUUGAUACUGGAGAACUCAUCAUUUCGAACUUGCAAAAGUCUGAUACUGGAAAUUACUCAUGUCAGGUUGAUAACGGACAAGGAUCAGAUCGAAUAACAUAUUAUCUCCUGGUGCAAGUAACGCCAUCUGCACCUAUUCUCUACGUGGCUAGUGCGACAAGCAGUAGCAUCCUCCUCCACUGGAAGCCAGGUAGUAACGGGGGAGCUCCCAUAAGUGGUUUCACGCUGAGUUUCAAAAAAGAGCAUGAAAAUCUAGAAGAGGUAGCGCUAUCUCGACACGCAACUAGUUAUGAAUUGAAGGGUUUGUCAUGCGGAACUACAUACCACUUGUACCUGACGGCAACCAAUAAGAUUGGCACUUCUCCUGCCAGUGAUCCUUUACAAGCUCGCACCCAAGGAAGUCCUCCUGGCGUACCGCCAUCCUCUUCUUUUGUCUUUCCUAAUUCUACAUCUGUGAUAUUAAGGCUACACAUAUGGCCAGACAAUGGUUGUCCAAUUUCGUAUUUCGUUCUACAGUAUAGAAAAUCUGUAGAUUCACAAUGGACACUCGUGUCCAAUGCAUUGAAACCACAACGCAAAACAUCGAUCACCGGCUUGUCAUCAGCUACACAAUAUAUAGUAAAAGUGGAAGCACACAACGUGGCUGGUUAUUCUUUUGAGGAAUUCACCUUCAUAACGCUCACGAAAGAUGGAGAAAUUCCAUCUCAACAUCUCAUGAAGAAUAAGCACAAUAACGACUCUUUCUACACGGACAUAAAGAUUAUACUUCCUGCCGCUGGCGCUGGAAUACUCCUUGUUUUGAUGUCUGUAACUAUUUUGUCCUAUUUGAAACGUAGAAGAAAUGAAGCCGCAAAAGAGCGUUUGGAGAAUUUGCAGAAUGCUGAAGCACAAAGAGAAAGAUACUACGCAACUAUACAUAAAGUAGGAUUACAAGCCGGAGAAAAAAUACCAGAAACAUCAGAAGACAUAUCACCCUAUGCUACAUUUCAAUUGUCCGAACCUAGUACCCUUCCUGUGACGACGGCUAUGCUUCAUAGUUUCAUGUACCAUGAACAUCCAAUGACAGAAGGAUGUGCAUCAACACCUCCGGCAACAUCAUCAAUACAAAGAAAUUCCCCAUAUUACAAUAUGCAGAAACUGCAAGGUACUAAAGGCCACGGAAGAAGAAAAGCCGGUAGAAAAAACGACGUAGAUAGUGAAGAAAGUGAGUCUGAUGGUGAUCAGUUAACAUCAAGUAGAACAGAAUCAUCCAAUCAACUAGAUAUGAAGAUCAAACAUAGUUAUCUCUACCACGGAGCUCAAUCGAGUACUUCGUCAGACAUAUCACCGAUGUGCGAACAGAAAUCUCUUCCGAGGAGAAAUCGAUCGAGGUAUAUGAAUGCAAAAGAGUUGCAUGCUCAUUCUAUACUAACGAAAGAUAACGUCACGCGUAGGUGGCUAUCGCAAGGCCGGAGUCCGACUCAGAGGCAAAUGCUUGCACUGACCGUAGCUGAAACGACGUUCUUGGAGCGACCGGAUCAGAGUGAACAAAACACACCGGACAGACCGUCGGCGGAGCUGAGCGAAGCCGAAUGCGACAUCGACACCUUGAAAAAGAUCAAACUGGGACUUCGCUCCUCCCUUUGGUCCAGACCAGCCAGUUCAAGCGGGCAACCUACAGAUUAUUCUAUUGCUGUCUAGUUAUAAUUAUUGAGAUAUCAAAAUCAAAGUUACAAAUUUUAUACUGAAAUUCGGAACUAUUGAGUUUAUAAACUAUAUAUAUAUUGAUAAGGUUUUUGGAUCAAUUUUAUUAGAUUUUAAUUAUUAAAUCAAUUGAUAGAUACUUCCAACCCCAUAAGUACAAUGUAAUACAAAUACAAUCAGUGAUCAAUAUUAAUCAAACGAUAACCCUUAAUUCUCAAAUCUCGAAAUGAAGCAGAUGAAUUAUAGAUAGUUGAAUUCAAAAAAUAUAGUCACUUAUUGUUUUCAA